AUGUUGAAUUCCGACUAUUUACUAUCAGGUGACGCAUCAGCUGAUUUGAAUUACGACUCGAUAUAUGACUCUGGGGAUCCAAACUUACCAAAUUUACCACAUGAACUUAGUGAUUAUAGUGAAGAAGAUGAAGAAUUUACAGACUUGGAAAGUUUAACAGGUGAACAUCAAAAAAGAAGACCAUCACAAUACUUAUUUGAUAAUGAAGUAUCACAAGCACAACCUCCUCCUACAGCACAUAUACCACCAGCGUCAUCACAAAGCACCACGACAGAGAAAUCAGAAUUGGAAUCAAAUCAAAAUCCUCAAAAAUCACAAUCAAAAAAGAGACAUAAUAGACAUAAGAGAAAGAAUAGAAAAUAUUCAGAUUCUGCAUAUAGUUCCACUGCUGCUAAGAAACGUAUUUCAUGGGAACCUGGUAUUGAUAUACAUACUACAAAUGUUGUGAUGAACUCAAUUGGUUCUUCUAUAACUGUAACAGAUUAUAGAUCUGAUAGGUAUAGAGUUGAACAUUGUGAAGUUUUCUCAAAUAUUUUGAACUCAGUAGAAGUUGAUACUGAUAGUGAUUUUUACUUAAACAAGAAUGAUUCUAUGGAAUAUGACCUGAAAUCAAAACAAAGUGUUUCAAAAUUUAAAAAAAUUGUGGAAUCAAGACCUAAUUGGUCAAAAGUUCGUUGGAUAAAUGUUAAUGGUCUUUCAUGGGAAGCUAUUGCUACAUUAGGUGAAAAAUAUGAAUUACAUAGAUUAUCAAUUGAAGAUAUGAUUGAUAUUCCACAAAGAACAAAAGUUGAUAUAUAUAAAAGUCAUUUAUUUUCUGUCCUUCCAGUUAUUAAACUUGUUAAAUCUAAACAUUAUGGAUCAAAUUCUGAUGAUUCAAUAUGGGAUAAAAUAUUGAAAAAAUUAAAUCUUUUCGAUUAUUUAGAAGAAGAACAAGAAUUAAAAGAUGAUGCUAAUUAUGGGGUUUCAGAUACAAGACAACAAAGUCUUUCAGAACGUAUAACUACAUCAAAUGAAUCAAGAAGAUUAAAUGAAACAAUAGUUGCCCAAUCAAGUUUAAGUAAAAGAAGACAUAGAUUAUUAGAUGAUCAAAGACCAUUAAGUUAUAGAAAUUUAUUUGUUGGUGUUGAACAAUGUUCUAUCUUUUUAACAAAAGAUAAUACUGUUAUAUCAUUUUUUGAAAGUUCAGGUGAUGAUAUUGGUAAUGCAAUAUUAAGUAGAAUUUCAACAGAUGAAACUAUUUUAAGAACUUCAUGUGAUUCUUCCAUAUUGGUACAAAGUAUUAUUGAUUCAAUCGUGGAUAUAGUUUAUCCAGUUAUAACAGCUUAUAAAAAAAGAUUAAGUGAAUUAGAAUUAGAUGUUUUAACAGAUUCAAAUAUGAGUCAUAUUACAACUUUACAUUUGAUGUCUGGAGAAUUAUCCAAGUUAAGAUCAAGUAUUUUACCAACAACUGUUUUGAUAAAUUCAUUAAAAGAUCAAGCUAAAAAGCAAAACUCUGAGAAAAAAGAUAUUUCAAUACAACCUUCUUCUUCUUCAUCUUCACCAAAUUUGGUAUCAUCAGUUGCUGAACUUUAUUUAACAGAUGUUUCGGAUCAUACACAAAUGUAUACAGAUGAAAUUGAAGGUAUGAUUAAUAGUAUAGAAAAUUUAAUUGGGUUAAUAUUCAACACCACAUCAAAUGAAUCAAAUAGUGCAAUGCAACAAUUAUCAUUAGUUACUGUUAUUUUCUUACCAUUAUCAUUUUGGACAGGUUAUUAUGGUAUGAAUUUUGAAAGUUUUGGUGAUUUACAAAAUAAUGUUUCUUAUUAUUGGAAAAUUGCUAUUCCUUUUAGUUGUGGAUUAUUGAUAUUGAUCACUUGGAGUUUUAUUAAAAAAACAAUUGUUGAAACAAAGAGGAAAACUAAGAGAAUGAUUCAAGAUAUAAAUAUUAAUAGAGAUUUUAAAAAGAGACAAAAUAGAAAGAAACAAAGAAGGGAGAGUAGAUCAAGAAGAACUAGUACCUUAGAAACUACUGAUAAAAUGGUCUAA